AUGGGAAACAGUUUACGGUGUUGUUUGGCUUGUGUACUUCCUUGUGGAGCUUUAGAUUUAAUCCGAAUCGUACACCUCAACGGCCACGUCGACGAAAUCACUCGUCCGAUGACCGCCGGCGAGAUCCUUGAGGCGAAUCCUAACCAUGUCUUAAGCAAACCAUGUUCUCAAGGAGUUGUCCGUAAGAUCUUGAUCUUGUCUCCUGAUUCUGAGCUUAAGCGUGGAAGCAUCUAUUUUCUCAUCCCGGAUACUUCCUUGCCGGAGAAGAAGAAGACGAAGAAGAAAAGUGAUCUCCGGCGCCGGAGAAAGACUCUUGAAAACGUCAACGACAAUCAUAAUGAUCAUACGAGCACUACUGAUAAAGAUCUUGAUUUGACGUUGUGUGAGAAAUACUUGGAAGAUGUUAUGCUGUCGUCGGAGAAGAAAACGUGUUCGGCCGGAAAAGAGAAUCGCCACCGUCGCAGACAUAGUCGUUCGGCGUCGGUUUCCACGUGGCAGCCUCACCUUGAUAGCAUCGAUGAGGAUCUUAAUUAG